AGCAAAAACACCUCACAGUCAAUGAAACCAACCAAAACAGCGUUUAAGGGUUGCAUAUUUUAAUCCAGCAAUUGAGGGGACCACGUACAUUUCAAGUGGCCGUCGGCAUGUGCAUAAAUCAAGCACGCGGAUUCGCGUACCUAACGUCGAAAAGAAAAUAAAUUCUUCUUCCAAAAGCAGCCUCUUUCUCUACAUUCUAGUCCUAGAGAUUAAAACCUAUUGAAAAAAUGGCUGAAGCUGUGAUCGUUGUUGCAAAGGGAAUAGUUUCCGGCCUUAGUUCGGUUGCUUCUGAGCAAAUCAAAAUUGCAUGGACUUUUGGAGAUGAGCUGAAAAGGCUUCAAGGUUCAUUGGCUAUGAUUCUGGAUGUAUUGCAAGAUGCAGAAGACCAGCAAGGAAGUAAAAGGGCUGUUAGGAGAUGGCUGCUGAAGCUUAGAGAAGUGGCUUACGAGUCUGAUGACGUUUUGGAUGAGCUUGUUUAUGAAGAUCUACGAAGAGAUGUCGUGACAAAUAAGCCUAUGUGCAUCUUCGUGUGGAAACAGGUGUGCGACUUCUUCUCUCUAACCAACCCUGUUUUAUUUCACUUCAUGAUGGCCAAUAAAGUUAAACAGAUCAAUCAAUCUUUGGAUCAAAUAAAAAAUGAAGGAUUUGUUUUGGGACUUCGUAAUAGACCAGUUGGCAGAAUUACUGUACUCGGCCAAGACAUCUACGAGACUGACUCCAUCCUCGAUUCUGGACCUAUAAUUGGGAGGCGAGAUGAUGUCUCAAAGAUCGUCAACAUGCUGAGUAGCAUGAGCAACCAACAUGAGAUCUCUGUCAUUUCCGUAGUUGGUAUGCCAGGCCUUGGAAAGACAACCUUGGCUAAAAUGGUGUGUAAGGAAGUAAAAGAGAAGAACAUGUUUGAUGUAGCAAUUUGGGUGUGUGUCUCUUAUGAUUUCAGUCACCAAAAGAUUCUAGGAGGAAUGUUAGAAUCUCUGGACAGAAGUGCUGGUGGCAUGAGCAACAUUGAUGCAAUACUUUUUAACCUUCAGAAAGAGUUGAAAGACAAAAGUUUUCUUCUAAUUCUUGACGAUGUGUGGAUUGAAGAUGACCAAAAGUGGCGCGAAUUGAAGAACCGGUUGUCAAAAAUUAAUGAUAAUGCAAAUGAAUUGUCCCUACAAAAAAGAGACAAAGCUAAUGCUAUUGUUGUAACCACUCGUAGCCACAGGACAGCAUCCGUUGUGGAGACAUCUCCUGAUCAUAGACAUAACUUGGAGAAAUUAUCAAAGGAAGAAUGUUGGUCAAUCAUCAAGGAAAGAGCAUGUCGGAUCGGAGGAGCUUUGGUAAGUGUAGAUCUAGAAGAAAUAGGAAAGGAAAUUGCAGAAAAAUGUGGAGGUGUGGCACUACUUGCAAGUGUCUUAGGAGGGACCCUGGGUUUUGCCAGGAGAAAAGAAGACUGGUUGGCGAUUAAAAAUAGUGAUGUUUUGAAACUAGAAAAUAACGAUGAGGUUCUACCUAAAUUGAAGUUGAGUUUUGACAACUUACCAUUUAGUUUGAAGCAAUGUUUUGCAUAUUGUUCCAUCUUUCCUAAAGGCCAUGUUAUUGAAAAGGAUCAAUUGAUUCAGCUUUGGAUGGCCCAAGGUUUUCUUCAUCCUUCUGAAGAAAUCAUCUGGUCUGAAGAAGGAGGUGUUGCAGAGUUGGAAGAUGUUGGUGAUAAGUUUUUUAAUGGCUUGCUAUCGAACUCUUUAUUUCAAGAUGUGAAAAGGGAUACAUGUGGCAAUAUCAAAACUUGCAAGAUGCAUGAUGUAGUGCAUGAUCUUGCGCAAUUUGUUUCAAAAUCAGAAUUGAUUGCUUCUAAGUUGACUUCUAAGUUGACUACGGAUCCCGCUGAGCAAAAGAAAACGUUGACUACCGCUAUCUCUGAUCAUGUUCGACAUUUGAAUGUUGCUUAUGAUGAGGAAUUGGUGCCAAAGAUCUCAGAGGACGUAGCUGGAAAAUUGCGGUCUUUGUUCUCCAAAGUUAAUGUCUUCAAUGAUGCGUUGAGAGAUUUCAAAAGUUUACGAAUUCUAAACUUUUGUGAUGCUAUGAUCAAUGACUUGCCAACUUUUCUUGGCAGAGUCAAGCAUUUGAGGUACUUGGAUGUUUCUGGAACCAGCAUAACAGAACUACCCCAAUCCAUAGACAGACUGUUCAAUUUGCAAACAUUAAGAUUCAUGCAUUGUAAACAUCUGGAAAUGCUUCCGGAGGGUCUGGGAAACUUAGUAAGCUUGAGACAUAUUUAUUUCAAUGAUGAAAAACUUAUGCCAGUUCAGAUCGGGUGCCUAACUAGUCUUCGGACGUUGCCAUUAUUUGUUGUGGGCGUGGAAAUUGGAUGCCAAAUCAAGGAGCUGGGAUGUUUGAAUCAUCUCAGAGGAGAUUUGAAGAUAUGCAAGCUUGAGUAUGUUAAAGACGGAGAAGAAGCCAGGGGAGCAAAUUUGCAAGCGAAAACAAACAUAUACAAGUUGAUAUACGAAUGGAGCUCAAAAAGAGAAAGUUUUGACGAUGAUGAGGAAGUGGCAAUAAAUUCAGAUACCGACUGGAGCUAUACAAGCUUCAACUAUGAUAAAGAAGUGUUGGACGACUUGCAGUCUUACUCCAGCGGCAUGGACGAACUAUCGGAUUACUUGGGUGAAACCUCAAAUCUUCUUAGACAAUUAACGGACAGCUCGGAGUAUUCCGAUAGGAGCUAUGUAACUAGUAAGAGGCUCCAUCAUGAAGAAGUGUUGUACGGCUUGAAGCCUCCCACAAGUUUGAAAAGUUUGAGUAUAAAGAAUUUCAGGGGUGAGUCCUUUCCUCCGUGGAUGUGGAGGAGCAUCAGUAUUAAUAGUACUGGUAGUGAUUCAUUUUUGCUGGACAAUUUAGUGGAAUUGAAUUUAUUCAAUUGCAUGAAUUGCCAAAGUCUUCCAAGUCUGGGGAAAUUGCGCAAUCUCAAGAUUCUUGCAAUAAAAAAGAUGAACAAUUUGAGGCGCUUAGGUAGUGAAUUUUAUUGUUCUUAUAAUGGUGGUGUCUUUGGAGUAUUGUUUCCGGUACUGAAAGAACUCACCAUAGAAGGUAUGGAAACUUUGGAGUCAUGGUUGGAUCCAACCAUGUUCGAUGGUACCAGAUAUUCGGCGUCUGUGGGGGACUCAACCUUAACAAAAGUAUUUCCUUGCCUUGAAGAUUUGACUAUUGGGUGCUGUCCCGAGUUGCAGAUGGUUCCAAUGAUGGGCGGAUUACCAUCUCUUCAAACGCUUAAAAUAUACUCUUGCAAGGAGUUGAUUUCUAUAGAUGACGGACUAUCUGCAUCAACUUGUCUCAAAAAAAUAAAUAUACAAGUUUGCCCUAGUUUGGAACACAUACCAAGCGUCGAUCGGCUCUCAUUUCUUACGGAAUUAAAGGUGACCAAGUGCAGCGGAUUGUCGUCUCUACUAAGAGGGAUCUCAGACUGUACUUCUCUGGAGAAUUUGUCAAUACGUGAUUGCACUGGUGUGGCAAAUAUUGGUAGCUUAGAUGCACUGUCCUCUCUGAGAAUAUUAGUUCUAAAGAAAUGUGAGGACCUAAGACAGCUACCACAUGGGUUGGGAUCCUGUACUUCUCUUGAACAAUUGGACAUAAUCGGUAACUUCAAUCUGCAUCUUCUUCAAGAAGAAAUAAGGCAAUUGCCUUCCCUUCGUUUCCUAAAUAUCACCAUUUGUCCAAAUUUGAGAACAAUUCCAAAAGGGUGGCUGGGCCGCUUCAGCAGCUUGAAAGUAUUGACAAUCGGUGGCUUCAGCGAAGAGUUGGAUGAAUUCCCAGGUCUCAGUUCCGUCGGUUGUCUCCCUGCCUCCCUUGAUUAUUUGUUAUUGUUAGGAUGGAAAAGACUGAGGUCUCUGCCGGAACAACUUCAGCACCUUAGUGCUCUUAAGCGAUUGGAGAUAUGGUCGUUUGAUGGAUUAGAAGCCUUGCCCGACUGGUUGGGAAAUCUCUCGUCUCUUCAAUCCUUGAAAAUCCACCAAUGUGAGAAACUGAUGUGUCUGCCAUCCGCACAAGCUUUGCAAAAACUCACCCAUCUAAAGAGGCUUUUUAUUCACAAUUGCCCCAAAUUAAGUGGAAGGUGUGCCAUGGAGAGUGGCCCUGAGUGGUUCAAGAUUUCUCGCAUUCCAGAAGUCAUAAUUAAAAAUGAUGACUGAUGAUUGAUCCCGGUGUGGCAAAUAUAUGUUACCUCAACAACGUUGAAGUGAGGUGCAAUGUCCUCGCUUGUAUAGGCGAUCCAUCUCCUGGAACAUGAAAGUAGGGGAUAGUGGAUGCUCCAGCAAUUUAUUAACUGGUUAGCAGAGGAAGGGCAGAACAAGUGGUACAAGAAUUAGAGAUAUCAAGGAGUGACAUCAGUAGCACUAUUGUGCUUCCUUAGCAUAUUUACCUGAGCUGGAGGAGUCCGGGUUUUAUAAAGAAAAUACUUCCUAGUUGUGAGAAUUGAGUGGAAAUCAAAAGUUUUGAUGCAAUGGGAGUUUUUUGAAGAGUACAGUAUAUGGAACAUCCGCUUUCAACUUCAAGGCUGUCUUUUGAUGUUGCAACAAACUGAAAGUCCCCCAAAAUAGGAGAAAUGGACAUCUCAUCCAGUCACCGGCUUAAGUACCGUAAUUGGUGUGUCAGCGUUAAGGGACAGAGUAGUUGAUUAGGUCAGGGUGUCCUUCACUGUACCCAAAUGUUCCUAUGAAUCUGUAGCUUAUACUCGGAAUUUGCUCCAAGAGAGAAAGUGAAGUUCUAGCUGCAGAACUAGAAAGCUAAAGACAAGUCAGGUUGGAAGCCCAAACCUAAGAGGGGAACUUUAUGCUCUUCCAGAACAAUCAAUAAAUAGAAGAAUUUGUUCCAUUUGGAGAGGCAACAGUGCAAGUUUGGACGGAUUUCCUCUAGGAACAAGUCUGCCGAUAGACUACACAUGAGGUACAUCAUCUUUGUGUUCCAAACGCUUGAAUUUGAGAUCCAUUUGUUGUUCCAAAGCUUUCAGCACCACCCCUUGAUCUUGCAUUGCAGAUCGAGAGGUUUCAGUUUCAUGAUCUUCACCAAGAGAAUCACUGUUUAUCAUAAUUGGGUCACUUGCCAUUAGAUUGGGUGAGCUUUUCUAACUCUGUCACCAGUUGACGUGGUGAGUUAGUGUGACAACAAAUAUUUAUACUUAACCAGGCAUUUAAGGUUGAUAAGUAAAUUUCAAAUGCAGAAACUUACUCAAAAUUUUAAAGGAAUGUAAUGGUAUUCAAUAAUUCCAAAAAUUAUCUAAUAAUUAAGUCUAAAUGUGCUAUUUAUAAUAACCUAAUUCUACUUGACAUGCUUGUAAAUUUAAAUAAAGAAUUAUUCUAUCAUAAUCUUUCUUAAAGUAUAAGAAAAGUAAAUUCCUAAAUCUAGAUUUACUUAUUGUUCAAGUAAAUUAAAAUAAAAGGAAAAUUUUAUUAUAUCUAUAAUUCUUAAUAGAACUCCUAACUAAAUAAAGAAUAUAUUAAAAUUAUGAAUAUAUCCAUUUAUCAUCUUUGGGCUUUUCAUUUUAGUUUUGAUCACUCAGCUUGCUCCAAGAAGUCAUCUGCUAAACUAUUUACGUCAAUAAAAGUGAUGAUUGAAAGAAACCGGCAUCCAAGUGUACCUAUCUCUGCACCGCUUCUCCCUUCCAGAUACAGUAGGAUAAAAAUGGAGUUGUAAGACUAAAGAGAGCAGGGGCAGUUUCUUGGGAGUUCUUAAACGUGGGGGAGAAUGAUUCUCGCAUGUUGACAGAUGAGAACAAAAAGGCUUAUAAGGAUUCAGAGGUAUGGCAACGCCCCCCUGAAGGUUGGCUUAAAAUCAAUUUCGAUGGAGCCUUGAAGCAGAACAGUAUGGAAGCUGGAAUUUGUGGCAUAGUAAGGGACAGUUCUGGGGCAGUUCUUGAUGGUGUCAGGGAAGAAUAUUUUUGCUGAUUCAGCUCUCCUAUCUGAGGCAGAGGCAUUGAGGAGGGGAGCUCUUUUAGUGAAGGAAAAUGCUUACAAACAAGUGAUUCUUAAACUGAUUAACAGGUUCUUUCUAAGGAGACACUAAAGAGCGGAAGGGAAAUUAAGUAGAGGCACCUCCCAGUUUUGAGAGAUGUUGUGAAGUUUGAGAUAGAGAUCAGAAAAUCCAAACUUCUUUUGACUUCGAGAAGUGCCAGUCAAGCAGCAGAUUGGAUAGCUAUCCAGUCAAAAAGAAGCAUGUGUCCUCCGAAUUGGGUGCAAGCACCCCCCCUCGUCCUUGGUGUACAUUUUCUUUAAUGUGAUUGUCGUAGUUCAUCGAGAAUUUUAUAAAAAUCUCAGAUAGAUGUUCUGGGUUCUUAUACUGGCGAUGUACUUCUUGUUUUGAGUUGCAAUAGAUUUUCGUUUUCUCUUGCCAACAAUGAAAGAAACUAUCUAAUAACCUUUAUACAAUGCAAAAUACUGUAUGUAUAUGAAAUCCUGAGAUCCUUUUUGCCA